AUGGCAACAGCACCAGCAACAAAAGACCAAGAACCCACACAAGGCCGAAAAUUCACCACCACCACCACAACAACAACAACAACAACGAGACCAGCGCCAGAACAAGGUGUGAAGUGUCCACGAUGCGAUUCAUCCAACACCAAGUUCUGUUACUACAACAACUACAGCCUCACCCAGCCUAGGCACUUCUGCAAGACCUGCAGAAGGUACUGGACCAACGGCGGAGCGUUGCGCAACGUCCCGAUUGGCGGCGGCUGCAGGAAGAACAAAAGGGUCGUUGUCAAACCCUCUUCCUCCUCCUCCUCCUCGUUAUCUUCAUCACCAAGAUUCUCUAACGAAUUCAGCCUUCGUGGCCUCAACGUUCCGCCCUCCGUCGAAUUCAACCUCGGCGCGCUGCCCUUCCCUGCCUCCUCGAGGCUCAACAUUCCGACAACCUUAAACACAGGGUUGUUCAGCAACCAGUUCUCGUCAUCUCCGUUGUCUUUCGGAGGCGACGUUAACUCGGUCUCGGUCACUAACAAUGCUUUGUCAGGCUUUCAGCUUGACGCGACUCCUGCAACUGUCCUGUCAAAUUCCUUGAUGAGCCUUGCGUCCAACAACAACACUCAGAAUAAUAAUAAUUUCUGGGCGCUGCAGGAUCGGUCGCAAGGCUCGACACUAUUACUGUCUGAUUCAUUCAACAGUAGUGCAAUGCAGUCUAUGCAGCAAUCUCUGAACGUUCAUAGCAGUCUUGCUUCUUCGAUUGAGUCACUGAGCUGCGUCAACCAGGACUUGCAUCUGAAGAUGCAGCAGCAGCGUUACGCCACAAUGAUGUUCGGUGGGGACAGCUACCACCACAAAGGUGGUGGUGGUGGUGGUGGUGAUGAAAACAACGGCGUUUCGUUUUCUCAAACGGCUAAUAGGUUCGAGAAUCAGAAGCAGUUGGUGGGGAACCCCGUUAUGUUUCAGAACCUCGAGAUUUCGAAGCCACCUGGCAGUUCCGUAACAGAAGAUCCAAGUGGGGCUACAGUUACAACAACAGUAGCACCACCCACCGAAUGGUUCUUUGGGAAUUCUUCUUUUUCCUCAGCAGGUAAUGGUAAUGAUGGUGCCAAUAGCAACAACAACAACAUUAACAUCAACAUUAACGAUGCAAACAACAAUUGGAGUGAUGCCCUUGCUUGGGGAGAUUUUCAGCAGCAGCAGCAGCAACAAUACAGUGCUUUGCCCUAG